UAUUAUACUAACAUUAGGUCGUCUUGUUUUAUAAUAGGCUGCUUUCAUGGUUCCAACUGAGUUGCUUGCAAUCCAGCAUUACGAUCGUUUGCUUAAAUUGCUUGAAAAGUUGGAUGAUGGCAUGAGCAACCCAACUGUUGCUUUACUCACAGGUUCAACCUCACUAAAACAAUCCCGGAUGAUUCGUAAGGGUAUCCAGACUGGAGAAAUCUCGAUGGUCAUAGGAACCCACAGUUUGAUAGCAGAAAGUGUAGAAUUCUUAGCCUUACGUAUUGCUGUGGUGGAUGAACAGCAUCGCUUUGGUGUGAUUCAAAGGGGAAGAUUUAACAGUAAGUUAUACUAUGCAUCUUCAAAUUCAAACAUGGAAGAGGCCGUCACAGAUGAUUCCUCAAAGAUUGAUGCUUAUAUGGCUCCACAUGUUCUUGCAAUAUCUGCUACUCCUAUCCCAAGAACACUUGCACUUGCUUUAUAUGGUGACAUGUCAUUGACACAGAUAACUGACUUACCUCCCGGAAGAAUUCCUGUUCAAACGUUUACCAUUGAAGGAAAUGACAAAGGAUUUGAGGAUGUCUACAAG